AUCCAAAUAAAGGAAAGGCCGCGCGAAGGGUAAAAAGGGACGCCGUCUGACGCUAUUUACCUGAAUGAAAUGACGCAGUAAUUCCGAGUAAUUGCAGCUUGCUAGCCAUAAAAUACGCCAACGCAAAUUCAAUUAUACCUGCAAGUUUGCAUUCGCAUUGCGAAACUCGAAGAGCGAAGAGGUUAUCCAACAUGGUUCUGGCUCCUGAAGUCCGAAGUAUUGUGAAGGCCCUUAAGGGAUCGAAUAGCUGCGAGGAAAUAGCCCAGAUCCUGGAGUGCGACGUGGAGAGUGUAAUGAGCUGCAUCCGGGAAUGUGAGCUGCUCGAGGGCAAGACCGCCACGUUGAGAUUGCCACAGCGGCCGAAGGCAGCAGCAGCAACAUCGCCACUGAUCGCCCAGGAUGACGAAAAGAAGCGCGAGGUGGGCCGACCCAAGGUCCUGGAAAACCGGCAGCUUGUCGAGCGGAUGCUAACCGAUAAUCCCCACUUCACCUCAAUCGAUGUCCAGCGGGAACUCGCCCGGCACGGCAUCGAGGUGAGCCGCAGAACCUUACAGCGCAGAAUCAGCGAGAUUCGCUCCAAGAACAACCAGCAACCGAGAUCUCCGUCCCCAAAAAAAUCAAACCCUCUUGGCCUCAGCGAGGAAGCCAAAAGAAAGAGAUUGGCCUGGGCCAAAGCCCAUCAGGAUUGGACGGUACGCGACUGGCGCAACAUCUUCAACAUGGAUGAUCUUAAGUUCGUGGACGAAUCAUCGCCGCCGAAAGAGAUCUUCCUGGACACUUUAAUGGGACCUGAGGGCUCCGUGUGCAGUGACCUCAAUCUACUGGAGCAACUGAUGGCCAUUAUCCAGCCAAGGAUUCAAAACCAAGCGCCCAAUAAUGUCGGCGAGUUCCGGGCUGUUUUGUACGACGUUUGGCACAGCGACCAGGACAUGGUGGACAAGAUCGAAAUGCUCUACGAGUCGAUGACGUGGCGGGUUUCGGCGGUCCUCCGCAGUGACGGGGAUCAAACCGAGUUCUGCUAGCCCAGCUAUAGACUCAAACCGUAUUCAGAAUUAUAAAUGUUGAAUUUAAAAUGUCAAUAAUUAUUUUUAUUUUACAUCAUGUUUGAUUAUGUUAUUAAGUUUUUUGUGACCAUAAUAUGUACAUGGUACACUCUGAUUGGUUUCCAUAUCUAAUAAUUAAUUUCCUUUCAGUUUUGUGAAGAAACCGUUUGGUUACAAACCUUUUUAAUUUUGACCAGAGAAACAUUUUAAUAAAUAAAGUGUUUACGAAAUAGAAUUGCACAUAUGCCAAUAUUUUUACUUGGAAUUAAACACAAAAUUAACAAAUGUAUAUCUUUUUGUCAGAAAGCCCUUGUGAAUAAAGAUCGAAUAAAUUUAUUGAUAUCUUU